ACCAUACGUUAAACUACAUGCGCUGCGGAUAUCAUUUUGUUGUCGUUUAAGGCACAGUUAUUAAGGGCGCCUUAGCGCGGGGUCCUGCCUAAGAGAGGGUACUGUGGCGGCUGCCAAGAUGUCGACGAAAAAUUUUCGUGUCAGCGAUGGUGACUGGAUCUGUUCGGAUAAAAAGUGCGGAAAUGUAAACUUUGCCAGACGAACCAGUUGCAACAGAUGUGGGCGAGAAAAAACAACGGAAGCUAAAAUGAUGAAAGCUGGAGGAACUGAAAUAGGAAAAACCUUAGCUGAGAAAAGUCGUGGAUUGUUUAGUGCAAAUGACUGGCAAUGCAAAACAUGCGGAAAUGUAAAUUGGGCCAGAAGAUCAGAAUGUAAUAUGUGCAAUACACCAAAGUAUGCCAAACUAGAGGAGAGAACAGGUUAUGGGGGAGGUUUUAAUGAACGUGAAAAUGUAGAAUAUAUCGAACGCGAUGAAUCCGAUGGGGAGUAUGAUGAGUUUGGCCGGAAAAAGAAAAAAUACAGAGGAAAACCUGUUGCACCGAAAUCAGUUUCAAAGGGUGAUGAAAAAGAAGGUGAAGCAGAGGAGGAAGAAGAGGAGGAUCAAGAUCUUUCAAAGUAUAAACUUGAUGAUGAUGAAGAGGAGGAGAAAGAUGAGGAGGAUGAUGAUGAUGAGGAGGAGGAGGAUGAUGGUGAUCUGUCAAAAUAUAACCUUGCGAGUGAAGAUGAGGAUGAUAGUAAAAAUAAGAAAUCUACACGUAGCAGUAGAUCUAAAUCCCGAUCUUCACACUCCUCUUCCCACACAAGCUCAAGGUCUAGGUCCAGAUCCCGGUCAAGAAGUUCUUCCAGUUCCAAAUCAAGUUCAAGAGGCCACUCUAGAUCUCCUGGGUCGAAAUCAAGAUCCAGCUCUAGAUCACACAGGGGAUCUUCAUCCCCAAGAAAAAGAUCUUGCGCAAGCUCUCGAUCAUCUUCAUCUCCAGAGAGGGGCAAGAAGAGAAGUCGCUCUAGAUCCUCAUCCGGUGACAGGAAAAAAAAGAGAUCAAGAUCACGGUCAACAGAAAGACGCCGCGGGUCAUCAUCUGGAUCAUCUCACUCUGGCUCCCAUUCAUCAAAUUCCAAAAAGAAACAAAAUUAGUUUUAGGAACAGUGGCUAUCCUAGUGCAUUGCAUGAGGCAGACUUUAAAAAAAAAAAAAAA